AUGCUUACUGGAACAGUACCACCCACUGACAAAGGGGUUGUCAGCGCAGUAUGCGAUGCUUACAGCUUCAUUGCGAGGGAAGGCGCACACACAGCAUAUGCUGAAGCAGUUGCGGAGGCAUUCGGAUACACCGUGGAACAGCUGAGGUCCAUCCCAGCAGAAUCCCACAUGGGACUCAGCUGUGGAAAUCCCGUGGCCGUGGCGUCUGUCAAAGAGGGAGAAACUGUCCUUGACUUGGGCUCUGGUGCUGGCAUCGAUGUCUUCCUUGCAGCCCAGAAAGUCGGUCCCAAGGGGCAGGCCAUCGGUAUGGACAUCUCAACAGAUAUGGUUAAUCGAGCGCGUAAGAAUGCCUUCAAGCAAGGGUAUAGACCGCCUCAGGUAGUCUUUAUCCAGACGGAGCUGACACAGCCCCUACCUGUGGCAACCGCCUCCGUGGAUUGCAUUUUGUCUAACUGUGUAAUUAAUUUGCUUCCUGACGCAGGGAAGGCAGCUCUCUUGAAAGAGUGUUAUAGGAUCCUCAAACCUGGUGGACGUCUUGUGGUUAACGAUAUCAUCGCGAAGAAGCUGCUUCCGGAUACCAUCCGGUCUGACCUUUCGGCCUACAUCGGAUGCAUAUCUGGAGCGCUUCAGUUAGAGCAAUACAGAGCUCUUACAAAGCUUGCUGGGUUCACAGAUGCAUUGUUUGUCGAGACCGGCGGGGAUCUCGAGGUCUAUAAAUCUGCUGGACCCGCAUGCAGUGGCGCACCUUCAACUAGUCCCUCAACUAAAUGUUGUGCGGUCACUAUCAGCACUCUCCCUGAGACUACCAUCGGGAACCUCAACGAAUGGGCUGCUUCAUACCAGAUAUACGCAAAGAAAAUCUCCUCAGAUAAUGGAGCUGCGAACAAGUCGCCUCCAGCACUUGAUCGAUGGUGGGAUGCAUAUCCGAAAGACUAUUUAACUUCCGGUGAAGUUGCAAGUCUGCUUCGCGACCCUGAUCGUUCAGACUAUGCUAUUAUUGACGUUCGGGAGAAUGAUCGCGUUGGUGGUCAUGUUCUGGGAAGCAUUCAGUGGCGAGCAGACGCGUUCGCUGUUUCACUCGACAAGUUUUACGAUAAGUACGGCAAGACGAAGCAGGUGAUUUUUUACUGUGGGAGCUCUAGAGGACGGGGAUCUCGAUGUGCUGCUUGGUAUCAAGAUUAUCUAAACGGUGAAGGUAAUACGGAGUCGAAAGCCUAUGUUCUAGAAGGUGGAUACUACGGAUGGAGAUAUCCUGACCUGAUGGAUGGAGCAAGCAGUCUGUGA